AUGGGACUGGAGAGACGGUGGCUUCAGGCUGUCACCACUGCUGUAGCCAUCUGUCUGCUGAGUGUGUCUCAAGGUGAGGCAUCGUUGGUUCAUGCCAGAGAGGGGGGCUCUGCAGAGCUGAGCUGCAGUCUCACACCCACAACCAAAGACGCCACCAGCCCAAAUCUCUUCCCUCUGCAUGUGGUGGAGUGGGUGCGCCUCGGUUUCAACGUUCCCAUCCUCAUCAAAUUUGGAGUGUACGCUCCUCGUGUUCAUCCAAACUACAAGGGCCGUGUGUCGCUGACCCGGGGUGCCUCUCUGCUGGUGGAUCGGCUGACCCUGGAGGACGAGGGCUGGUUCGAAUGCCGCAUUCUGCUCCUGGACAGCAAAACAGACGACUUUCAAAACGGCACAUGGACCUUCCUCUCCAUCACAGCUCCACCUGUGUUUAUCAAGACACCACCAACUUUCGUGGAGGUUCUGCUCGGAGACUCGCUGACUCUCAGCUGCGGAGCCCAUGGCAACCCUCGACCAACUGUUGUCUGGCAUAAAGAUGAGAGCCAAAUUGAGAAACAUGAAAAAAUAAAAGUACUCAAUGGUACCCUGUCUUUGGCCUCCGUCACAAGAAAUAUUUCAGGAGUGUACAAAUGUCACGUGUCCAACACAGAGGGGAACCUGACCCACUCCACACAGCUGCAGGUCAAAGGACCUCCAAUCAUCAUCAUCUCCCCAGAGGACACCACUCUCAACAUGUCCCAGGAUGCAGUUCUGCAGUGUCAGGCUGACGCUUACCCCUCUAAUCUCACCUAUCAGUGGCUGAAACAAGGACAGAAUGUUUACCAUAUUGAGUCCCUAAAGUCCAGAGUGAAGGUUUUGGUAGAUGGAACACUUCUUAUCCCUAAUCUCAUCCCAGAGGAUGCUGGCAACUACACCUGCAUCCCAACUAAUGGGAUACUGACCCCGCCCUCAGCCUCUGCACACCUGAAAGUGAAACACCCUGCGCGUGUUGGCCGAAUGUCCCGGGAAACAUACCUGCCUGCGGGCAUGGAAGGGGUCAUUGUCUGCCCUGUCCAGGCUGAUCCCCCUGUGCUGUAUAUCAACUGGACCAAAGAUGGGAACGACUUGAAUCUUGACAACUACCCAGGUUGGUUAGUGAACUCGGAGGGCUCAGUUUUUAUAACAACAGCCAAUGACAAUGCUGUGGGCAUGUACACGUGUACAGCCUAUAACAGCUAUGGCACCAUGGGCCAGUCUGAACCCACCCAGGUCAUUUUGCAGGACCCACCAUUAUUUCGGGUACCUCCUCGGCCUGAGUAUCUCCAGGAGGUGGGCAGAGAGUUGAUCAUCCCCUGUGAGGCCAGUGGAGACCCCACUCCAAACAUAACAUGGAGCAAGAUUGGCCCUACUCCUCGCUCCGUGUACACUGUGUUGGCUAACGGCUCCCUCCUGCUGCAGCCACUCAGUAAAGAUCACCAUGGGGGCUGGGAGUGCUUGGCCACCAAUCGUGUAGCGACUGUCAGUGUGGGCACUGUGGUCAUGGUGCUGGGCACCAGUCCUCAUGCUGUGUCCUCAGUAUUUGUCACCACGGAGAUGAACCAGGCCAACGUGUCCUGGGUACCAGGCUUUGAUGGUGGAUACACCCAGAAGUUCACUGUAUGGUCAGUAACACAGAAUACCUACUGUACGAUGGUCAAGCAGGCAUCCAGAGGGAAACAUGAAUGGGCGUCUUUGCCUGUGCCAACAUCCAAAAACUACCUGCUGGUGACCGGGCUGCUUGCUGGCACUGGCUAUCAGUUCAGUGUCCUACCUCAGAAUAAACUCGGCUCUGGACCGUUCAGUGAAAUUGUUACUGUGCGGACACAAGCUGUGCCAACAGAAACACCCACAGCCAUCACCACUCUCCCAACCCUGGAUCCUCCCAUACUUCUGUCAGCCAACCGGACUGAGCAGGGCGUUCUCCUCCAGUGGUCUCCUCCUGAGGCUCCCUCCUCUCCACUGACCGGCUAUGUGCUGCAAGCCCGCAAGGAUGAGGGCCAGUGGGUCAUCCUCAGCAGCAACAUCUCUGCCAAUCAGAGUGAACUACUUGUACAAGGACUGCUAAGGGACUCCAGUUAUGAUCUGAGGCUGAUGUCUCGUAGCAACAAAGUACUCAGCGAACCGAGUGAGUCUGUCAAUGUCUCCACCAUCGGGAUGGAAAUUUACCCCCUGCGCCCAAGUUUCUUGGAGGUCAUCCCUGAGCCCCUGUUGGCUGGUGUGUUAGGAGGAGUGUGCUUCCUGUUUGUGGCCAUCAUCCUCUCAUUGGUGACAGCUUGCUAUAUGAGUCAGAGGAGACAGCGCCGGCGCAGAAAGAGAAGACACGAUCUCCCAUCUGCCUUCCAGAAGAACUCAUCUCCAGACGCCCGCUCACCUCCUCGCAGCCCAGACAGUGUUUUGAAGCUGAAGCUGUGCCCGCAGCUUCCCUUCUUCCCCAACUCCUCCUCCUCGCAGUCCGAUCGGUCGUCCUUCGAUAAAGGCAGUCGUGGGGAAUACCAUGACCAGCGGAAACAACUCCUGUCCAACUCGUCUCCUCCACCACAUUACACACUCUUUGAGAGUCACCUAGGGUCUCAGGCCCCCUCACCAACUGCUCUGGAGUCCAUCUCCAGGGGCCCAGAUGGACGCUUCAUCGUCCAACCACUGCAAGGGGGUUCCAGUCCCUCCAAUAAGAAGAACUUGAAGGAGGACAUCCUGCAAAUUAAUGGUGGGGCAAGUGGCUCAGGGAGCAACAGGACAUCAUUCAGGGACUCUCCAAAGUCAAGCAUUUUGAGCUCAGAGAAGGACGAGAGGAAGAACUCUUCUCUCACUGUUGAUGUCCCAGAGCUGAGCAGACCUCCCUCCUCCCCUGGAAGAGUACGAGCCAUGGCCAGAAACUUUUCUCGUCAUGGCUGCUUCUACUCUGAUGAUGAACAAGGUUCAGAGGCCCUGCUGGAAAGAGCCAGCUUCUAUUCAGACAACAGUGAGAAAAAACCCAGUGAUUCUCUCAGGAGGUGCCGUAUGCCAGGCCAGGCUGACGAUCUGUUCCUCACUUUGGCCAAGAAAUCUAAACAUCUGGAUCGAGACAGACCACUCCAUUCAGGCUACCAGCCUAUGGAGAGUCAGUUGACUGAUAACAGCACCCUGGUCUCACAACUGGACAGUGAGCUAGAGCGGGAUAGCAUCAACAAGUGUGUCCAAUUGGCAAAGGAGAGGGAAAAAAUGGAGAAGGAGCUGGAGAGCUAUACAGCCGAUCAUAGAGGUCGUGGUCGAGGAAGAGAUGAGCAACAGUCUAAGACAGAAAGUCCUCAGCGGGACUCACCAAAGUCAGAGGAAGAGCCUGUAUGGAAGCCACAAGAUGUUACCAUCAGACAGAAACACAGGCCCUCUGGUCAGACAAGUCGAGUAUCGGACUAUCGGAGGGCGUGCUACUUUGGGAGCACCAGCAGUCCCAUGGACCGGCUCCCUACGUCUCACAUACAAUGGGACAUUAGCCCCGUUACAUCUGUCACCAGCCUCAUUCCUGUACAGACCCCCCGGGACACCACACCGCUCAGGUCACAGCAUCCUCGCAAGUGUAGAGAAACCAGAGAGGACUCGUUUGCUGUUGAUUCGUCACGCUCUCCAGUCACCCAGAACACCUCCCUCCCCAUGCUCUCCCCUGAUGUCACCUCACAAAGUCCCCCUGCCCUGUGUCUACAAACACCAGACAGAGCCAGGUCACUGAGUCCCCAGAGAGAGACAGAUAGAGGCAGGAAGUCCUUGACUGAACAGGGUUUAAGGGAAAACACACAGGAUGGAGGUGUUGCUUCAAGGUCUAGACAUUCAUACGCUUAUGCAGGCACUCAGGCCUGGGAUUCAGCUGCAGGAGGUCCGUCAGUUGACAGCCAGAGGCCUGAAAGUUCAGCCUCUGCUCCAUAUAAUCAGCGUGAGAGAACUGCAGAAGUAGACUACGCAGCCACAAGGGACCCCAGUCCAUCAAGUUACUCUACUUUGCCCUAUGAACAUCAUGAAGUAGGGGCAAAGGCCAAAGAAAAAGACACUCAGGCCGAGGAUGACCGACGGAGUUCUGGGUUUUACUCUGAGUUAGAGAGAGAGGGUGUCCGAACACGCUCCAGGAGGAGUGAUAAAUGCCUCUUCUCUGAUAGUCCCAGUCCUAUUUCAACAUUGACUCUCGUAGAAGAAGUAGAGAGUGACCAGUCCCAAUUUUCUGCCCCUGGAAUGUCAGGGUCCUUCAAGGCCAAGCCUGCAGCUCCAUCUCCCAAAAUGUCCUCACUGCAGACAAGUGCAAUUCUUGAAUACCUUAGCCUUCCAGGUUUCAUUGAAAUGAGCGUAGAUGAGCCUGUGGAAGACACUGAAGUCACAGACACUGCUGGGCGAAGUUCAGAAGUAAAGACAGAAAAAUCCCCUGGGACUAAACCUGAUGUGGUUCCUAAAAACUGGGAGGUUCAUGUUCAGGAAAACCAGGAAAGAGGCUCAAGCCAAAAGAAAUCCUUAAGCAUAGGCCCCUGUCGGACGCUCUCAGGUAUGGGACAGCCUCGUCCUUUCCUAAAGAAGUCUAUCAGUUUAGGCUCACAUAGGUGGGAGCACUUCGAGACCCCGAGGACGUAUAUUUCUGAGAAAUGUUACUGGGACGAGUUCCCAAACCCAGACGUCAGGGUGAAGUCCUACAGUUUGGGUCGCAGUCCAUCUUCCCUGCCCAGGCCAGGCCCCUCCUGGAGGGAGUAUGUCCCAUUCAGACGCCCCAGCAUGGGGAGCUUAGAGAGGCCUCACCAUGCACAAAGAUCUUUAGCUAGUCCUUCCUACCUCACUCCUUCUGUGUACCCUCCCAGACAAACCUCAAUCUCCCCGAUGCUGGAACCCUCCGAUCCACGAAGUACCAACACUGGCCAGGAUCCAGAGGGGAAAGCACGAGACCCAUGGACCCCAGGAGGGGCCCUCCGAGGUCCUAUCUGCCCAGGGGCAUCAGCUGGCCCUCUCCUUACUACGCCCCCUUCCCACCCAGGGAGGGGGAGAGUUACAGACAGCCAGACAGGAUGA